UGCCCCGGUUUCUAUAGGAGCUCAAUGUUCUUCUCAGCAGCAAACCAAGCCAGCAAUGCCUAGUACAACUCAUUCUGAGCAAUCCAAUGCAGCGAUGACGUGGUCAUCAUGAUAACAUCUCCCGGGCUGUCCGGCGUUGAUACUCAGUACAGAACAUAGUAGAAAUCCCAGCCUCGGCUUUUUCAAUUUCAUCUGAUCCUCCCGUCUCACAAGCAAACUCCUCAUCCUCAAUUCAACUCACAACUAACAACACACAAUGGCCGUCUCUACGGUUCAACGGGUCCUGGGCUCGAUUCCCAAGUCCCAGCGCUUCGAUUUCAUCCGGACUAUGCUACAGACGCUAUUUCGUUUACUGCGUAUCAUUAUCUCCUUCGUGCUGUUGCCACUGGAUAACGCCGUUCUGCUCGGGACGUACUUUGGUCACUACCUCACCCUGCUUCGAUUAGCCGUGCACCGUCGUCGACAGGCGAUUCCUCGCGAGACUGAAUUCCGUCGGAAGACCGUUCUUAUUACUGGUGUUAAUUCGUUACAUGGGCUGGCUGUUGCUCGGUGCUGGUAUUAUGAGGGGCAUCGGGUGAUCGGGGCGGAUAUGAUGGAUUCACCAAUUCGGUCGGGGGAGAGCAUGUCCAAGUCGCUGGCUGCGUUUUACGAUGUCGUCAAGACGCAGUAUGUCUCGCAGUUGGUUGAGAUCGUGCGUAGAGAAAAGGUGGAUGUGUGGAUACCUUGUUCGGAGCAGGUGGAUACCAUGGAGGAUACGGUUGCGAAGAAUGUCAUCGAGAGUCGGACUGAAUGUCGCUGUGUCCAGCUGGAUCCGGAACUGGCGAGUCAGUUUGGUUCGCCGGAAUCGUUGAGACAGUAUCUCGUCGAGAGGGACUUGCCUGUUGUUGAGAAUUAUCAGGUGCAGUCGCGGGAUUCGGUUCAUAAGAUUCUGCAUCGGUCGCCUAGCAAGGCAUAUCUCAUGCGGAGGGCGCGUGGUCAGGAUAGCAGGCCUGUUAUGCUGCCGCAGAGGACGCUUAGCAUGACAUAUCACGAGGUCAGCGAGAUCCAGAUCAACAAGGACAAUCCGUGGAUCUUGCAGCAGCAGACUCGGUUAGGAGAGUUUAUUGCGGAAAUACUCGUCGUCCGUGGACAGGUUAAGGCUAUCAAGGUCCGGCCUGGAGAUCUACAGUCUGCAUGGGGUGCUUCUCGACUGGAUCAGGGAUUGGCUAUAUCCAUUCAUCGACUUAUGGAUCGGUUUGCAAUGAAGGGCGGAUCUCGUCUCACCGGACACCUUGCUGUUCACCUAAUGGUGGACGAGGAGUUCGAUGCAAACUCCGUCCGACAUGUCCUGCACAUCGCGCACUGCACGCAGGGUGCCGCUUCUGUCAAGACACUACUCCAGGGCCCAUCAUCCGACAUAGUCUCUGGCUAUCUAUCCGUCCUCUCAUCGCAAGUCACCGAAGCCUCCGGACAACUAAGCGAAACCCCAUUCGAUGAUGUCAAAGCUACCAUCGCAACCACAGACAGACCAAAGGAGUCCAGCGCAAACACUCUGAAGAAGAUCCUAUCCCCAACCUUCCUCAUCCAGCAAGCAAAAGAAGCUGCCUGGGAAGUCUGUCAUGUACCCUUUUGGAAAGAUCCACGCUUUUCUUACUCCGACCCGUUUCCCUGGUGGUGGCAUACACAUGUCUACACGCCGUUCCGAGAGAUUGGGGUGGCUUUGUAUCGAGCGCCGUUGAAGCAGGAUUAGAUUGAAACUGGACUAGAUUGGACUAUGAUUUACGAUUGAUGUGCGAUGUUUUGGUCUAUGAUGAAUGUGAGGAAUGCUAUGUGCACGAACGGCGUACUAUGCUUGAUUUUGAUUUUGGUUAUUAUACUGUUAGACAUGAAUUGUGAUUUUGGUUAGAUCUUGAUCUCUUUAGUUAGACACUGGUUAGUUAUUAUGCAGCGUAUGUCAUAGCCUAAUCAGGCAACCCCGCCAAGGUGGCGUGUUCUUAAAAAAGAACAGCAUUGCCAUGGCUUGCUUUAAUACUGGUGCCUUGAAUAUAGAAGUGCAAGUACGGGUGUAAUAGAAACAGGGUACUUUCUCCAUAUAGAGGGUGUAGAGAAUAGCGAUAUAUUGCCGACGUAUAGUGUGUGGAAUUUAUUGUCACAUAGCGCCGUCACCAGAGCGACGAG